AUGUUCUUAUUGCUUGCAUUUGGAUUGGUACUGCAAGAAAUUCUGGCUAAUUCCCAAGCUGAAAAUCUUACUGAAUUCAAAAACGUUCCAGAAGAGCCGUUAUAUAGCUACAAAGCUAUCAACUUGCCAGAUGAGCAUAUUCCAUACUUUCUGCACAAUAAUCAGCAUAUUGCUGGCAUCUGUAAGCAGGACUCUCAUUGUCCAUAUAAAAAAUACCUGAAGAAACUAAAAUCCUGCUGGGGUUAUGAGAAAUCUUGCAAGUCAGAUUACAGGUUCAGUUACCCAGUGUGUGAUUAUGUUGAAACUGGAUGGGCAAGUGACAUUGAGACAGCACAACAGAUAUUCUGGAAACAAGCUGACUUUGGUUACAUUCAGGAGAGGCUCAAUGAAAUGAAAACCCAUUGUAAGCCUGCAGCAACAGGAGAUUCAUCUCUGACCUGUUCUCGGUACCUCCAGCAUUGCAGAGCAACAAACUUGUACAUUGAUUUACGAACUGUAAAGAGAAACCACGACAGAUUCAAAGAAGACUUUUUCCAGAAGGGAGAAAUUGGAGGUCAUUGCACCCUUGAAGUUCAAGCAUUUUUGGCUGAAGGUCAGCGCAAGAGCCCGCUGCAGUCUUGGUUUGCAGAACUCCAGACAUUUACUGCAUUAAACUUCAGGCCCCUAGAAGAUAAGAAGUGUGAUGUUGUUAUUGAAAAGCCAACAUACUUCAUGAAAUUAGAUGCAGGUGUUAAUAUGUACCAUCACUUCUGUGAUUUUGUCAACCUUUAUAUUACACAGCAUAUCAAUAAUUCCUUCAGCACUGAUGUCAACAUCGUCAUGUGGGACACUAGCUCCUAUGGCUAUGGUGACCUGUUCAGUGAGACAUGGAAGGCAUUUACUGACUAUGAAAUAAUACACUUGAAAACAUUUGACUCUAAAAGGGUAUGCUUUAAAGAAGCAGUCUUCUCUUUACUGCCUCGAAUGCGGUAUGGAUUGUUUUAUAACACACCACUGAUCUCUGGCUGUCACGGUACAGGGCUAUUUAGAGCAUUUUCUCAGCAUGUGUUACACAGAUUAAAUAUCACACAAGAGGGACCCAAGGAUGGGAAAAUUCGAGUCACAAUACUUGCACGCAGUACAGAUUACCGGAAAAUAUUAAACCAGAAUGAGCUUGUGAAUGCUUUGAAAACAGUAUCGACAUUGGAGGUCAAAGUGGUAGACUACAAAUACAAGGAACUUGAAUUUUCAGAGCAAUUAAGAAUUACCCACAACUCUGAUAUAUUAAUUGGAAUGCAUGGAGCUGGACUUACCCAUUUGCUCUUUCUACCAGACUGGGCUGUUGUUUUUGAGCUGUACAACUGUGAAGAUGAACGUUGUUACCUGGAUUUAGCAAGGCUGAGAGGCAUUCAUUACAUCACUUGGCGAAAAAGGAGUAAAGUAUUCCCUCAAGAUCAGGGACACCACCCAACAUUGGGGGAACAUCCAAAAUUUACGAACUACUCCUUUGAUGUGGAAGAAUUUAUGUACUUGGUGCUUCUGGCUGCAAAUCAUGUUUCACAGCAUUCCAAGUGGCCGUUUAGGGUAAAACAUGAUGAAUUCUAA